AGUGAAUUCAGACCUAAAUAGAUAAUCUCAUCUUGAACAACAGAUGGAACAGCUUUCUCUAAUAUAACUCCAGACCAGGAAAUCGACACAUUCAUCUUUUGUUUACAACAGCAGUGGGAGUGUGACUGACUGAGGUAACAGCCGGUGUUCUAAAGAUCAAUAAUCCACACAACACACUUUCUAUAACUGUAGUGAUUUCACUGCAGAAAAUACAGAUAUUACUGCAGAGCCUGAUCAACACAAGGUUGAGACACAUAAAUCCUGGUUACCAGGUCAAAAAAGCAGCUGCAGAAACCUAUCUGGUGCUAUAAAUGAUCCGGUCUGCAGCAGAAGUACACAAAUUCCUCAUGAUGCAAGGACUGAAUUGAGACAAACCAAAAACAGUCGAUGAAGUUGUGAAUCUUGGGCUUGAAGACACAGGAUUAUCAAUAAGGAAACGUUUGUUUCUAUGCAACAUGGCCGCCAAUCAUGGACAGGCGGUGCAAUUCUGGUUCAUUCUCUUGAUUAUCUUGUGCAUUAUAUUUAGUAUAAAUGCGCAAAACUGUCACAAGGCGUGUACAUGCAAGACUGACGUAGUAUUAUGCAUCGGGACAAACGUGACAAAGAUAAACGAAACCAAUCUUCGAGAUAUCAUACAAUGGACGCCAGCGACUACGAUCCAAUUCACAAUAUUUCGCGCCAAUCUUCCAACAAUUCCAAAUGUGUUCACAAGGUUUACAAGACUGCAAAGUUUAGGGCUGAUGUCAUGUAAUAUUACCAGUAUUGUGAAGGAUGCAUUUCUCUCUUUGAAGUCACUAACAAAAUUACACAUCUCGGACAACCCAUUCAAAAAUUUCCCUGCGGAUAUUUUUAAGGGAUUAGUCAAUUUAGAGAUGGCGAAUUUUACCCAUAACGCAUUGGAGACGUUACUUCUCAACGAAUUCAGUGGAUUAGUCAAGUUGAAAAAGCUGUUUUUGAAUCAAAACAAAAUAAGCAAACUCGAUGGGAGGAGUUUUCAUAGCGAUUUAAAGAGUUUAGAAACACUUCAUAUCAAUCAUAACUCACUCGGAUCAAUCACAAACGACACUUUCUCGCCGCUUCAAAAUCUUCAAGAACUGGACAUCGGCUGGCAAAGUCCACUCAUACAAAUUCCUCCUGGACUUUUCACCCCACUCAAGAAUCUCAAAUCUUUAUUCAUGACGGACUUAUUGAAUCACACUGGAUGGAACACCAUCCCAAAUGGUUUGUUAUCUGGUUUGGACAUGCUUACCUAUUUGGAUGUACGGAUGAACAAUCUUAGAAGUAUAACGGCAGCAGAUUUUCAACCGGUUUCUAAGACUUUAAUUUCAUUAUAUCUGGGCCAUAAUUACUUCCCAAAAAUCUCAAAGGGAAUUUUCAAGAAUUUAAAUAAGUUGGAAAUGCUCGAUAUGUAUGACUGUGGAAUUCAAGAAAUAGACAAUGGCGCUUUUCAAAAUUUGAAAAGUUUAAAACGCUUGAAUCUAGAGAGCAACAAGUUGCAGAAUUUGACCCCUGAGGUUCUAAAACCUGUAAAAAAUGCCACGAUUUCGCUCCGCCAUAAUUCCUUCCUCUGCGAUUGCGCACUCUUAGAUAUGUUCGAAUGGAUAAAGAGCGAAAAUCUUGUGUUUAAUUUGACAUGUGCAUCGCCGCUCCGUCUUUUGCACAAAAAGUUAUACCAAUUGAAAAGGGAGGAUUUACGUUGCAUUGCACCGAUACUUUUCUCAGGGAAGCCUCAAUUUGACACCAGAGCCGAGGUGCACAUGUCUGUUGCUCUUAAAUGUCGUGCUACAUCAUAUAGCCACUUUGCCAACAUGAGCUACAAAGUUUUAGAGGGCAACCCCGUCCCAAAGGAACAACUCAUCGAUGUCGAGGAGAAAAAAUGGACGGAGACGCUCCUUGGCGAUAAAACGUAUUACACAGAACUUCGCAUCAACAUCAGAGAAAUCAGGGAAGAAAACUCGGGAAAAAUAACGUGCGAAGCUUGGAAUAAAUAUGGCAACGACACUGGAGUUCUAAAGUUGACUGUUUAUCCUCAGCGAUGGGCGAUACCUCUCUGGGCCCUUAUAAUCAUUCUCAUUCUAGUCUUGCUCAUAGUCGGUGGCUGUAUCGGCUUAUUAGUUUAUCACUACAAAUAUCGGAGCGUUCCGAUAAGUACGCGAUUCCAGAGCCCCGCGCGAUACGCGAGGCAGGACAACAUGAAAGCAAAACCUGUUUCAUCCAUAUCUAGCAGUAGAACUGUUCUCCGUCCGGAUCGCGCAGAACCGGAAUAUCAACCCAAUUCAGGUUACGGUGGACCGGAUUACGGUUACGGCGAUGACCGACCAGACUUUAGGUACGAUCGGGGUGAAUAUAAUGUGGCAUAUUUACCAGAGGCACCGUCAAUGUAUGUGACUUAUGUUUGAAGUUCAAAUUUAUGUAAACCACCAAAUUUUCAUGGGGUUGGAUUUUUGCGAAUAACCUUGAGUGGAAAAAUAUUUUUGUAUUGGAAAAACCAAGAAAUUGGCAAUCUGCCAAAAAAAAUCACAAAAAUUAAACUGCCUUCAGAAAUUAUCGUGAAUUGCAAAAAUAAAAGGUUGGGAAAAUUUAACACUUCACAGUGUCUGGAAAACUCAAAAUUACACUCAUCACAAUGGUAGUUUAAAGAUUUCUCUAACACGUUCUCAGAUUAGAAAGGGUCAAUGUUAUUAUGCUGUUUAUAGCUUUCUCUUGUCUAUAUCUUAUCGAUCUUGGUAAUUAAUUAUCUCAAAUAAUUAGACUCACUUGGAUAAUUAUUCGUGGACCUUGGGUGAGCUGAUGAUGCAGAUAUUGAUAAGUGCUAUCUAAGGAAAUACUAAUCAAGGGCCACAUUGUUCCUGCAUUAAACUAUAGCUCGACAGGAUGGGUAAAUGGCGAAGCCAACUGCUUCUUUUGAAUCAAUACAGUAACCUGUAAAAUUUUCAGAUGCAGGUUCCCCUUUCCUUUCAGUGAUUCCUUCCUUUUGUCCGUCUUGAGGAUCCACUCCUGAUAAGACUCAUGAUUGGAGGGAUUGGGCCCCGUAAAAACCACCAGGGUGGCCCCUCUUUCUCAAUGAUGCCUUCCCUAUGUCAGUCUCCAGGAUCCAGCAGGGAGUCCCCACGCUCUUUCUCAUUGGUGCCUUCCCCUUGUCAGUCUCCAUAUAACAAAACUCAUAAUUGGAAAGAUUGAGCCCUGUAAAAUCCACCAGGGUGCCCCCUCCUUCUCAAAGGUGCCCUCCUUUUGUCAGUCUCCAGGAUCCACUCCCGAUAAGACUAAUUAUUUGAGGGAAUGGGCCGUGUAAAAUCCAACAGGGUGCCCCCUCAUUCUCAGUGGUGCCAUCCCUUUGGCAGUCCCCAGGAUCAACACCUGAUAAGACUCAUAAUUGGAGGGAUUGGGCCCAACAUUCUUCAAACCAGACCAAAAAACAUUCUGGUAUCGAACCAAAACACAAAUACAUUUAUCUUGCAUGAACUUGAUUUUUAAAAAUGGGAAAAAAUGUUUAUCAUCUCGUACAACCAAUUCUUUCCUAUCUGUCAUCAUUGGACAUCAAUGCACUGACCAACCUGUGCAAAUAUUCGCUCAAAGUGCAGAAGUUCAACUACCGAUCAGAUCAAUGCCUAGCUGGUCUCAAAUAACAGUGCAUUUUUCCUUGAAAGUCAACAUCAACAUACUGAUGACCAAAGCAAAGUUAAGUUGGCAUCAACUUGACAACCUAUUGAAUAUUUCAUAAAUGCACAAUCAAUUGCUGCAAACCCAGGUUGCCGAGGCAACAAUUAUACCUAGUGACCAACCAGUCGAUAUGAGUGGCGAUAAAAAGAACACAUGAAGGUAUCAGAUGUAAGAAUUGCGAUAGAUCCUGGCGUUGAAAUAGCGAUGCGUCAUGUAACCUAACACUCUAAUCAGCAUGUUUGUUGCAAAAACUUGUGAGGGUGGCUUCUCUGGACUUUUGUACCAUUUCGUAACAACAUGCGAUUAUCAGAUUUAUUGUGUUGAUGAUCAGCCUCCUUGCUGGCAAUUCCACAUCUUGUAUCAAUCAGCUGUAGUAACGGGGUCUUAAUGCUUAAGUCCAAGAGCGUCCUGAAGAUGACGGUCAAGUAACUGAAGCCUUUAGAUCUGGGAUAGCCAGCUGGAAGAGGACCUAAAUGUGGUAUGGCCAUGAAGGUGUCGAGCACCAUUUAUAUUUCCAUGAAGGAAGCGGUCGUAUUUUAUGGAACUUGUGGCAUGCAAUUACCCAUAAAGUGCAUUAAUGGUCAUUUUAUUCACAUGCUUUGUACAUCAAGCUGCUUUAAAAUUUGUUAUUGCUUUGUAAAUUCGAUACGUUCAAUAUGUAAUUUUAUUCAUGUAUAUUUAUGUACUUCAAUUUCCAUAUAGAAUGCAAGGUUAAGGUAGGGUAAAGUUAAAAAUGUCUGUAGUUCAUCAUUAAGUUGCAAAGCAUUUUUACAAAAAAAUAAAGGUAUUACAAUUAAUGUGAAGGGGAACACCAUUUGUAUUUGCUAGCAGCUCUGUUAUAUAUUGCUGUAGAGAAGUUAUCAUACAUGCAAAUUUGCUGAAACUUGGUAUUUAUCUAGUAUUUGUAUAUCUGUCUACACAGGGUCAGUGUUGAAAUUUAUAUUCUGUAGGUAUUAAUGCAAUUAGAAGUUUUCAAAUUCAAUUGCAAAUUUCAAAUUUUUAACAAACGGUAUAAAAUUUGUCAUUUUUACAAAAGAAGAUUAGCUACUUAUUAGAAUGACAUAGUAUGUCAGUCAUCAAAAUUUUAAUGAAGAAUCCGAUUAGAUGAAAUACGCAGAAAUAAGGGGAAAUAUAUCCGUUAAAACGUAUGAUCCAUCCUUUAUGUAAUAAAAUCAUAUCGGUUAA